UUUAAAAUAACAUGCAUAUAACUCCACCGACCGGGACGGUUCCAAACCCUAGCCAGAAAAUCCCUCUCUUUGCAUCUAAUCCUCUCCAUAGCAUCAUUACCUUCUGUCUGUUCUCCUAGCCUUCCCGCUAUGGCGAAGAAGCGAAAGCUGGAGCCCAAAAUUGAAGCAGAACCAGCCAACACGGUGGAAGAGCAGGAACAACAGCAGCAAGAAGAACAGUUGGAAGAGCAGGCUCCCUUCGAAGUAGAUGAUGAAGAAGUAGAGCAAAUAGACACCGAAGAUCCCGAAGACGGAGAAGAAGAUGAAGAGGAGGAAACGGAAAACAACGACAAUGCCCCCGAAACAUCCAACGCCAACGCAUCUCCAAUUGCAAGUGCUGCAGGGGAGGCGGCUCCGGCACCGUCGUCGGCACACGCCGAUGGAGAUGGUACCGACGAAGGUGAUGAUGAUACCGAAGAGCCAGUCCAGAAGCUCCUAGAACCUUUCACGAAAGAUCAGCUCAUCGAUCUCCUUAGGGAGGCUGCCGAUCAGCAUUCCGACAUCAUGGACCGCAUUCGCAAGGUCGCCGAUGUGGACCCUGUUCAUCGCAAGAUUUUUGUCCAUGGCUUGGGCUGGGACACCAAUGCUGAAAUUCUUAUUAAUGUUUUCAAGAAAUAUGGAGAGAUCGAGGACUGCAACGCUGUAAUUGACAAGAUCACUGGAAAAUCCAAGGGUUACGGUUUCAUCCUCUUCAAGCACCGCAGUGGAGCCCGCAAGGCACUCAAGCAGCCGCAGAAGCGGAUUGGCAAUCGGAUGACUGCCUGCCAACUGGCUUCGGCUGGGCCGGUUCCACCAGCGACACAGGCGGCACCGCCUGCACCGCCGGUAUCGGAGUAUACACAGCGGAAGAUUUAUGUAAGCAACGUAUCUGCCGAUAUUGACCCUCAGAGGUUGCUCAAUUUCUUUUCUAAGUAUGGGGAGAUUGAGGAGGGUCCGUUAGGGUUAGACAAGCAGACUGGGAAGCCAAAGGGAUUCGCACUUUUCGUUUACAAGUCAAUUGAUAGCGCAAAGAAGGCACUGGAGGAACCUCACAAAAAUUAUGAGGGGCAUAUCUUGCAUUGUCAGAAGGCAAUAGACGGUCCGAAGCCGAAUAAGCCAUAUUACCAUCACCAUAAUCCACACCAUUCAUCUAGUACGAUGCAUGGUUCACAUUUCCAAAGGAAUGAAAACCCUAAUUUUAUGGGUUCUAUGGGGAACCAUGCUGCCGCAGCUGGGCCCGGGCACAUGAUGGCACCGUCCGCAGCUGGGGUAUCAUUCAACCAGGGAGCUCCACAGACAUUAAACCCUGCUCUCGGUCAGGCGAUAGCAUUGCUUGCAACACAGGGUGCUGGAUUAGGACUUACUAACCUGCUUGGCACUCUUGGGUCGACUGGCAUGGGGGCCCAAGUCAACCAGACUGUGCCACCAAUGGUGAACAACGCAGGCCACGGUAUGCAGGGUGGGUAUGGGAGCCAAGCUGUGGGGAGUAACAUCAGUCCAGGCGUGAUGGCUGGUUAUGGUAACCAGCCUGGCAUGCAGGGCGGAUACCCGAACCCGCAAAUGGGACAGCCGAAUGCUGGGAGGUCGCAGCAGGGUGUUGGUCAUAUGGGUGGAGUUGCACCAUACAUGGGUCAUUAGGUUGUUUCAUGAAGCAGUGCAAGCAGCUUCCUUAACUACCAUAACUGCACUCUUUUGUUUUCUUUUUCCCCUCUAGGAUGUACAAUGAAAGCAUAACUUUUGAUUGAUACAACAAGAUGGGAUUUUCUUCAAGAAAAAAAAAAUUAGUUCAGUGUUGUUGAUCUUUCCUUUAGAUUUUGACUAGAAAAAACUAGAUCAAUGUGGAUCUAUAUAGAUUGUUUUUAACCGCUCAGUCAUCUGGAACAGUUGCUGGUUUGUCAAAAAGUCUAAAAUGCUCCUAUUUUAUUAUUUGAUGACUUUUCCCAGAAACAGCCUAUUUGGUUAGUACAUAUUUGUUCUAUUUCGGGAAUUUAAAUUUUAAACCUGGGUAAAUGAUUUGCAGUGAAAUUUCCAUGGCUUAGAAUGUUUUUCUCUGAAAUUGUUGUUUGAUAAAAAAUAAGAAAAAGAAAAAAAUUCCAGAUUUGAUCUUCCAUUUGUUCUUUUGCUUGAGAUGGAGCAAAUCUCACUUUGAACUGGAUUUUUAUAUUUUGGAGUCAGUUCAGCCACAUAAGGAAUCCCUGCUAGCGCCAGAUUCAUGUUGGUCAUUAAAUUUAAUUGGUGUUUUGUUGGUUGGCUAAUACAUGAAGUUGACAAAGGUAUUAUUCCCAUCCUUUUCUCUUAACUUUUUUUGCUAAUGAUGGUCCUUAAAUAUGCUUCCAUAACCGUCUUUGUGAGUUACCAUGUGUUGUUAAUGAUGUCCGUUUUUGCCUAACAUUCUCUGGAAUAUUGUUUUUAUCAGUUGUUGACGUCCUUGGUCCUUGGCCAAUUUUCUUUUCAAGUCUACUCUUAAUUUACCCGUUUGUGAGGGUUGUGCUACAAAGUGAAGAAAUCUUCCAAGUUAUUGCUAGGAUUUGCUUGCAGCACUAUCUUCAUCAAAUGGUUAAGUAGGCAACUUCUGGUAUGGAAGGUAAUAAAGUGAACCAGUAAUUCGUUUGGAUGCUUUAAUUGAUACUGCUUUGAAGCUGUUGUCCUUGGAUAGAUAAACGGGACUUUGAGACGAGAGAAGUGGGACUUGGAAAAGUGCCAUUUCAAGUACAUAUAUCUUUCAAAUUCUUUAGUCAGCUAGAAUAAAGUUCUUUGGCAGCUAGGAUGUGUUAUGCAAGGUAAUGUUUUGGUUGACUUAUCAGUCCCACCUGAGCAAAAUAAGUGCCAUAUACAUAUUAUAGUACAUUCAAAUGGUUUUGGAGAAACUACUAUUAAAGAAAUAGUAGGCCUAAGGUGUGAAAUUGAAUGGUUAAUUGUGAUAGUGAUGGGAAUCUAAUCUCUUUGAUCAUAUGGGCCCAUCCUGAUCUAUAAUUUGUUUGGCCUGUAAGAGAAUUACUUUGAAGGGACAAUGGCCUGAGAUAUCAAAAGAAAAGUCAGUUUUGGUGGAGAGAGAUAUUGAUAUUCCUUCAAUCUUUUGCCUGGUCAUUGAUAAAAAAUGAGUUUUCAAAGUUAUUGAAACCAACAUAUUUUCACCCCAAAAUUGUGAUGGUGAAGACAAUUAGAAAAGUCAGUUUUGGUGGAGAGAGAUAUUGAUAUUCCUUCAAUCUUUUGCCUGGUCAUUGAUAAAAAAUGAGUUUUCAAAGUUAUUGAAACCAACAUAUUUUCACCCCAAAAUUGUGAUGGUGAAGACAAUUAGUUGCUUUUCCAUUAAUUUGGCUUCUAAAUUUAGGCAUGUAUUGCAUUUUCUUCUUGGAAACGGUUCACAGACAAGCUUGACCUUAAUAGAGAUUUGGACAAUGUAGAUUUGCUAGGAUUUAUCAAUUUGAACAGUUAAAUAACCCUGACGGGAAAAGAGAACUUUUUUAUGCUGAAGGUAUAUGAUGAGAAUUGCUAGUCAUUGGGAUUUCAAUUUGGUUAUGUACCAAAUGAAUAAUUUUCUAGUAUGGUUAUGUUUUCUGAGUCGAAGUUCUUUUGCUCUCAUUGGACUCUUAACUAGUAAGCUGGCCAUGAUAUAGCUUCAGUGAUUUAGUGGCUAGGACUUAAGAGUCAGCCUUUUCAAAUUUUCUCGAGGAAUAUAUAUGCUGAACUUCUUUCGAAAUAAUAAUCUUAGAUUGCUUCCCUUUUAAUUAUGAUGUUAUGAAUUGAUCUACACUAGGAAAAAGAAAUUGAAACUGCAUUGAUGGAGCAAUUUACUGUUGAAAAUUAAGCUGAUGAAAUUUGUCUGUUGAGAGGACUGCGGAGGCUGUGCUGCUUGGAAAUUUGGUUUGAUGAUGCCAUGUUGGUUUUGUCGGGGUGUAUGCUUUUUGUUAAACAGCUCGGUGGAGUGAGGGUUGGCUGUUUGUUCCUUUUUAAGAGAGUUUGGCGGGAUGUAUGUUUUGGUAGCUCUGCUUGUUAAUUUGUUCAUGAAUCUAAAUUGAUAUUUUGUUGUCUUGGUCUAUCCAUUGGACCCUCUGUUAGGGUAUGUUGCUAGGGUAAGAAUGUUAAUAGAACAUUUAAUUUUGAUUACUUGGAUUGGGGUGAUAAUUGUUCUGUGGUAAUAGUCAGCCUUCACCAUUUAGUAUAUGUUCGUUUUUUUUUUUUGUCGUAAAUAUUUAACCAUUUGAUUUGAGCUAUGAAUACCGUCCAAACAUUUGAUUUGAGCUUUGAAUACCGUCUAAACAUUUGAUUCAACUGUGCCUUUUUUAUAAGAUUUUGAACUGAUUGUGGGUCCGGACAAACGGAAUCUAGGGUCCUUGGACUUGUUUUGGGCCUUAUAGACGUAGGCCCUCUGCACUCGGUCCCAAUCUUUUGUCGGUGAGAUAUUUUCCCCAGAUUCAUCCCUCUUAACCAAGAGAGACCGAACUUUAUGCUGUUUUUGUUACUAAUUGAGUUUAUUUGAAGGACUGUUUUGAAAAUGUAAUUCCUUCUGUCGAUUUUCUAUUAAUCCAUGUGAUAUGUUGUAAUGAUGAUAAUAUUCUCCCCCCAUUCUCUCCCCUAAAUGUCUGUAUUUGGAGACUUCUCCGUAUGUAUGAAUUGAAGAACCUGCCUAUUGGUGGGUCUUAAAUGGUUUAAUGUAGGAUAUCUGUAGGAAAUCUUUGUAUUUUCUAUGCGUGGGUCGUGGGAGGCAGUACAUUGGUCUGUAACUUCAAUCAGUGGAUGGGAUGUGCUUAUUCGAAUUUAUUAUAAAUUCUAGUUUAAUUGCUGCAUUUGGCAUUCCUUAUUUUUUUAGGACUUUAUCACCUAUUUGCAUUAAAAAACCCAGUGUGGGUAUUUUAACAACCAAAAAGUCUUUGAAAUAAGGAAUGCCAAAUGCUACCUUAAAACACCUAUUCACUCUUUCUUUUUUAUACAAAGGGAAAAUCACGAAUCACCUACUCGCUUUACUAACAAUGUCUUUUCGAUACCUCCUAGAGACUUGUCCGAACGCUUUGUCUUGAACGUAUCUUCUGCGUCCGUGGCUUCACACGAUCCCCAAUGAAACAUGGAUGCAUCAGCUUUCGAAAUAAAAAUUCAGUUAUGGUGGUGAUAUUUUGAAUUUAUUGGUUAUUGCUAAUGCUGGUUUGGGAUUUUUUUUGGAGUGUUACAGGGGAGUACUGCGACCAUGGUUGUAGAUGUGAACUGAAAAUCAAACCCUUCUUUCUGACCCUAUUUUUUUUUUUUAUGUUAAUUAAUUGCUGAAGACCCCCUCAUUACAGUAAAAAACAUCAUUUACAACCCUUGUAUUGGUUUCUUGUCUUUCCCUUCCUUUUCCCAACUUUUCCUUCAAACCAAAGAUUAAACUUUUAACGGGUUUCAUGUCUUGUAGUUGUAGGAAGGAUCUUUACCUAUUGGACUCAUACCGUAUGGAGCGUUAUGGUAUGGGGGAUGGGCGACCUUGUGUAUAGGGUGUAAACGUAUUCAAUUCAAAUCGAAUAAAUCAUAAUUCAAUAUCUGAAUGAUACGCCGGAUGCGCAGGUUGGGGUGUAUUGGGUGAAUUGAUACUUUUUUCUUAUUUUUGUUGAAACUGGUUAGGGGGGCUGGUUUAAGUUUCCUCCACCCCCUGAACCGGUCAGACCCCGAUACACCCACUAUAGGGGUGUAUCUGAGGGGUUCCAGAGUGAUACUUAUCGGCCAAUAUGGGCUGAUAUGUGUUGAUACUUUGAACCUCUGAAUAUCUGAGUGAUAUGAAAAUGUAAUAUCUGAUGAAAUUGAAUUUGUUUUGUGUAAAUAUUAUCAAUAUCUGAAUUCGAUUAUUAUGAAUCCCAAAUUUGAAAUCUUAUUUUUGAAUGCCAUUGAGAACCCAAGUUUUGUAGCCCCUCUAUAAAAAACUAACUCUCCCUUCACGGUUUCGUUAAUCUUAUGACUGAGGAAUUCUGAAGUCCACAUGUUCGAAUAGGCUAUGUGACGGCAAUAUUGGAAUGAACUUCUGAUGCCACAAUGUCAUUUUUUCUUGAUUUAAGAUGACCGAAGCAGUGGGUUGGUACUUGGUAGCCUUGUAUACUCAAUCCCGUUGAUUAAAUAUUACAUUAAAAAAGGGUAAAAGACUUGCCUUUAAGACCUCCCUUCCGUGAGGUAAAGAAUUGGUUUCAUGCAAGUUCGUGUGCCGUUAAACUUUAUUGAUUUUUUUUUUUCGAAAACCCAAUGUUACCCCUCUAAGGCUUACUAAUGGUUUGUGUUUGUAAUGCUAUCUGAAACAGGGCAAAGAAGGGGAGAAAGAAGAACGAAGAAGGAAAGAAAAGAGUGGAGAGGAAUGAAAGGAAGAGAGAAAGAGGUGGAGGACAGGGUCACUCUGGUCUUAAUCGGGAGAUUGAAGAAAGUAGGUCAACAAUUGUGCGCCCUGCUAUGGUAAUAACAACUUUUGUUGGUCAAAACUACAAAAGAACAGGUUCUGAUUAAGAGGGGUAGUGAUUCAAUCAAUGUUCUGUAUGCAUGUCCAUUUGUCAGUAGAAGUUUUAUUUUAUUUUUAUCCUGAUUUGAGUGUCAUGGAGUGUAUGGGUACUUUUUACAUUUUGAAUGAGCAUCCUUUUUUGGAUAA